CGGCGGGGCCGGAGCGCGCAGCACUCCAUGUAUGAAGAUUUAAGAUUAUAUCAUCUGUUUGUUUAAGGAAAUUCCUAUUAGUCAACAGAACCUAUUUCACCUAUGAAGGCAAAGUCUGUAAAACGAGCCUCUUGACUUCAGUCAUAAUUUUUUCCUGUGCCAUAGUCUAUUAUUUCCUGGAGAGGGCAGCAUUUUCCUAUAUCAGCUAAUCCAAAAGUAAAUGAGGAACUUAGGAAAAGAUUGCCAACUUCAAAUCAACACAGUUACACAGAAUUGAAGAAGCGUACAGCUUCAUUUGAGGGCUUCUUUUAAGGGACUCAGUGUUCUGCGAUAUGAGCUCUGAAACCUUCAAGCAAAAACUGGACUCAGUGCCAGAUCAAACAAGUUCAGAGGAACAAAUGGAGAACUGGUCAAAAGAAACACACAUCUUGGAUCAGAAAAAAGAAGACUUUUGUGCUGAACUUCAGUUUUAUAAGAAUUCUCAAAAACCCACAGAAUUUUUCAUCCAGGCAGAAACUGAAGCACCAAAACUUUCAGAUUGGCGAGUAACCAGUCAAAAAGGAGGAGUCCUAACUGGCUGUAAUUCUGGUUCUGAAGAAUCAAGCAGUGUAAUUGAUAACAGGAUACUCCCUGAAUUUAUGUCCUCAUGGAAUGAUGCUGAAGAUUUAGGUGGAAGAACAGAAACUGCAUUCCUUUUAAAAGAACUGGACACUCUGAGGGCCAAAAAUAGAAAGCUUCAAGAUAAGCUGGCUGAAAAGGACAAGGAGCUGAAGACAAUGAAACUGGACUUAGAAUUGCAAGACAGAGCUACAGAAGCUAAGAUUGCAGAAAGGAUUGCAGCUCUGGUGGAAGAAGUUUAUUCUGCUCAACGGGAACGUGAUGAGGCUGUCAUGGCAAGGCUUAGGUUAGCCAAUGAAGAGAGAGAUGAAGCAUUUCUGCGAGUCCAGCGUUUAGAAGAGUCUCUCAAAGAGCUAGAAAAUAUUAACCCUGAAGAAAAUGACAUGACAUUACAGGAAUUACUGAACAGAAUAAACAAUGCAGACACAGGGAUAGAUAUACUGAAGAAUGGAGCUAUAAUUCUGAACCGAAUACACAGGACCAAAGAACGUAAAAAGAAAAUAAUAGCUGAGGAAAUGAAUGCAGUAAUAGAACAACGGGAUGCUGCUUUAUCUCAAUGCAAACGGCUGGAGCAGGAGCUUCAUCAUCUGAAAGAGCAGAACCAGACUUCAGCAAACAACACGAGACAUAUGACUGCUGAAAACAAUCAAGAACGUGCUCUGAAGGCAGAAUUGAUAGCUUUGCAACAAGAAAAGGAAGCUGCUCUUCAACACUGCAAAAAACUCGAAGAAGAAAUCCAAACAUUGCGUGUUUAUUACAGGUUAUACAAGUCUUUGUCUGAAGGAAUGAGUCUGAGGAACCAACCUAACUGCACUUUCAGUACUUCUGAAGGUGGACUGCAGGGAAGGGAGAAUGUUGUGACCCUAACCUAUGGCCAGAUUGAAGAGCUGGCAGCUCAGCUGCAGCAAACUCGAUUGGAGCAAAAGGACACUGAGCUGAAACUCCAGAAAGCCCUGGAAGCUUCGCAGGAGGCCAAUGAAAAAGUUCAAAAGUUGGAAAGGCUGGUGGACGUCCUGAGGAAGAAGGUUGGAGCAGGGACCAUUAGGACCGUGAUCUGAUUGAAAGCUGUAGUCUAAGGAAGCUUUCACAUCUGGUGACCAGGCUGCUUCAUUCAGCACUGUGUAAACACUGAAGCCUUAACUUAGCAAACAGUUGUUAGAAGUGGGACACUCCAGCGACAUUCCAAGCUGAGAUAAAAUCAAAUCAUAAAUGUUUAACUACUUU